AUGGCCGAACAUCUAGAGAACAAGAACAGAGAGCUCAAAGAAGAAGUCAGCCGGUUAUCUGCUUUGGGGGAGUCCCUGCUUCAAGCUCAGAAGCAAGUUGUAAAUGCGCAAGCAUCCACGUCCAAUCAAGCACCUGAGGUAGCUCCUACCCCUAUGCCAGCCCCUGUUACGGGAUCAGCUAAUGUCAUGCCUUCCGGCUACCCUUGGGGAAUGCCCCAUAAUUUCAUGCCCGAAGGACAUCAUCCGCAAGUGCAAGUUAAGUCGGCAUCUAGCCCGGUCCCUGUGGUGCCACCUCCGAUAGUUAAUUAUGUUCCUACUCCAACUCUCAUUCCUCAAGCCCGUGUUGACGAGAUUAUCUACCAUUCCAAGGCCUUUGAGAACCCGGAUGUGUAUGACAAGAUAGACGAGAUGAGAGACCAUUUCUCUAAUUUGAGGAAGGAAAUGAAGGCCCUUCGAGGGAAAGACUUGUUUGGGAAGAGCGUCUCUGAGCUCUGCUUGGUCCCAAAUGUGAAGAUUCCAACGAAGUUCAAGGUCCCAGACUUUGAAAAUUACAAGGGGAAUGGUUGUCCGCUCAGCCAUUUGAUCAUCCUGUCUGGCGCUGCCUUGAAAUGGUAUAUGGGUCUUGAUUGUGGCUCUGUGUGCACUUUCAAUGAACUCGGUGAGGCUUUUGUAAGGCAGUACAAAUACAACGUGGAUAUGGCUCUGGACAGAGAUCAGGAAUUUGAUAGCUCCACGUGA